GCUGUGGUUUCUCCUACCGCCCAUCUCAUUGCACGCGACGCGUUGAUGCCGUUAGCGGAACUACCCCCAGACAUCCUCCUCGCAAUCCUCGCCCACGCCAACCUCAACGACGCCAUACAUCUACUCUCGACCUGCUCACCCUUGUACGAGCUCUUGCGAGUGAAAGACUUCUGGCUCAAAGCGCUGCAUCACCACCCGCCUCCAUGCCCGCCUGGAGUUGUCCUGCUCGAUCUUCCCGUAGACAGUUUGCGGCUAUAUGCCAUCCGGGCCUUCAAACUCCACAGAAGCUGGAGUUCUCCGCGUCCACUACCCAAUGAUCUCCGUACAAUCGCGAUAUCCUUCCCCAGGAACGACUUCUGUGUCAUCCCUGGCACGCCCCUCCUCCUGGUGACUGACUACAAGACCAUUACUUGUCGCAACACCCGAACGGGCAAGGCGCUUGCGUUCCUAGAACUUGUCGCGGACGAGGAUAAAUAUACUGCUUAUCUUCUCGGAAAGUCGCCUCCACUUCACACGUACCAACAGAGCCUAAUCCCAUUCUCGACAAUAUUGAAAUCCACGUCAGAGCACUCUUAUCGUGGAGCGGCAAUCGUGUCUCUGGACUACACGGAGGAUUGGAGGGCAACGCUUUCGCUCUCGGAGUCGCAGAUAUUUUCUUCAGGACCGCUCCCCCAUCCACACUUUACUCCGGGAGGAGCGCCGAUCGAUGCAGCUCUUGACUCGGCUUAUGUUUGCAUUGUGUAUCACCGCAUGUCGACCCGCCUUCCUGUGCUCGUAUACUGGAAACGAAAUGAGCCGAAGGGAAAGCCCCACUUUGUCGAAAUACCUCAGCAAGUGGGCCUGCUCCCCAGAGUUCUUAUCCACAACGGCGCCUUCUACAUUUCUGGCACAGACACCGAGGACAUCGUUCAUAUAUCUUCGGAAACAGGCACGAUAGAGUACCUCUCGCAUCCACCAGAACAACGGUCGACUUCCUUUGCGACGUCGGUAACAACCCAGCUGUUCAAUCCAGACAGCGGUGUCGCGCGCAUUGCGCUCACGAAAAUGCGCUCACUAUACUUUGACGGCACUUUCCGACUUGACAAGCCUGUCUUCUACGAGCCAAACGCCUCCCACCCAGGCACCCGCGUCUCACGUGUCUGGCCGGGAACUAGUGGGCGGACCGCUGUGAUUCAGUGUUGCUCGCCAACUGGAAUCAUGGGCAUGCUGCAUUGGCGGCUCGAGCUAGUGCGGUACCACCCGGAGGAGUCGAAGCUGACCAUCCACGCGCUCUCGUUGGACUCGGCGUUGGGAUUGCCCCGGAAUAGCAUUCACAUUAGGCCACAUCCUAUCGAGCUGUUGAUUGACGACAUUGGUGGAGUAAUUUAUGUUGUGCGGACAGCGCAGGAGGGUGUUUUUGUGCUCGAUUAUGGGGCCUGA